GUAAACACAACAUGUCCUGGAUGGUUGCCGUUGUGCCGCUUGUAGUUCUGUAAAUUUUUGAUUAAAUUGUCCUCAAAUUUGCUUUUAUUCGGAAGAAUUUGUUGAAACAAUGGAAGUCGUUGUUGCCAGCGUCGAUGACAUCAAAUUUGAUAUAGAACUUCAGCUAGAACAGCAGUAUGGAGCCGCACCGCUUCCUUUCCCGGGAAUGGAUAAGUCCACUGCAGCAGUGUGCGAAUUUUAUCCCCGAGGAACAUGUACUAAAGGAGCACUGUGUCCAUUUCGCCAUGUCCGAGGAGAUCGCACAAUUGUUUGCAAACAUUGGCUUCGUGGUCUCUGCAAGAAAGGAGACCAAUGUGAAUUUCUUCAUGAAUAUGAUAUGAGUAAAAUGCCAGAGUGUUACUUUUAUUCUCGAUUCAAUGCCUGUCAUAACAAGGAAUGUCCCUUCCUUCACAUUGACCCGGAAAGUAAAAUGAAAGACUGUCCAUGGUAUGAGAGAGGAUUUUGCAGGCAUGGACCCAAUUGCAGACACCGUCAUGUACGCCGAGUGCUCUGCAUGAAUUAUGUUGCUGGAUUCUGUCCAGAUGGUCCAGAGUGCAAGUUUAUGCAUCCUCGAUUUGAACUACCGGCUGCUGAACUUAUGACCAAUCAUGGGAAAAAAAUUAUCAUAACAUGUCAUUAUUGUGGUGAGCACGGACAUAAAGCUUUGUACUGUAAGCAAUUACCACCUGAGAUGAAAGAUUUCCCUUAUAAAAAUGAAGAUUAUAAGAACAAAUUGCCAUUUGCGCCUAAUCCAAGGAGCCAUCCAAUGUCAAAUGCACCUAUGGAAAGUAUGGAUACAAGAGAAAAUAUGGAGAGACCUCCUCUAAAACCCUUGGAAGAAGUCACCUGUUUCAAGUGUGGCUGCAAAGGACACUAUGCUAAUAAAUGUCCUAAAGGACAUCUAGCUUUCUUGAGUAAUCCUGCCCAGCAGGGAUACAGAAGAUGAUUUACAUUUAACUAGGAAAAUACUAUUUCCCUGUUCUCAAACAUUAUUAAAGCUAUGUGUGUGUGCUAUUCAAUAUGAUAAAAUAGUGUGGCCCAACCCUCAGGGAGAUUUUAUAUUUUUUUAACUAAAAUUUCUACACCUGUUGUGACUAGUCAUCAAGUUGUGUACAAAAUUGACUUCUUGUUUCAUCACUAGAAUCAUUUCAAUUUUUAAUUUAUGCAUAGACACUUCAUAAUAAUUAAUAGUAUGUUUUUGUUGAACUGUACAUUGUACAACAUAUCAUCAUUUUCAUUUUCUUGUUGAAAUCAUCUAGUUUUCUGAGUCAUCUGCAUUUCUUUUCAUUUUUAGUCUCAAGAGGACAAUUUUGUACUGUGAUGGGUGGACCAUUUCAUUUGUGUGCGUGGAUUAGUGUGCCUUUUUUCCUUAAAAAAAAAGGUAGGGGAAGAGAGAGAGAGGGAGAGAGAGAGAGAUUUUCACCUAUAAUGUGUUUAAGCCACUCCCUUAUCAUAAGUACACGUACUGAUUUGUAUAACAUGUUUUAUGGUUUAUUUCAACCUUUAUCAGUAUCAUCUUCAAGUCACUGCAAAUAUGCAUUACUGUUUGUGAAAAUUGUCAAAAUUCUGAUAUUCUUACACCCUUAGCUAUUGUGGACAUACCUAGCUAGUACUUUUGUAAUUAUUUUGUGUCAGAAUCUGCUGUUCUGUUGACUUCUAUUCCAAUUAAAUUGGCUGUAUUUAAAAUAAUAUCUCGUGGCAAAACAGGUGGUGUUAGGUGAAGGAAUUAUGUGAUCAUGUGAUUUUCUGUCAAUACCACUCAGAACUGAAUAUGAGUUAAUAAAAAAACAAUAUUGUGUGAGUGA